GCGUAGUGAACGGUUGUCUCUCGGUUGCUCGUCGGGGAGUUGCGAAUUCAGCGACAGCGACUACAAAUGGCGACUUGUGCCUGCCGGACCCUCGAGUUAAUUGUUAAUUGUUAAUUGCUGUGGUGCUAAGCGUUGGCCGAACGGUUUAUUGUAACCCUGGUGGCAGGAGGAAGAACAAAUUUGUGUCCAGAAGGAAGAAGAAGAAGAAGAAAAGCACCAAAAAGAUGUGAGAGAUGUGUAAUUAAAACUAGAAUUUUGACUAAAAACUAGAAGAGCGAAGGAAGGCCGCUGAGAAAACAUACCGAGAGUAAAGCGAAAUCCAAGAAAUACAAAUACCAAAAGGCAACAACAAAUGCUCAAAUCUGCGGCGUCGUCGCUGCGUCGACGUCGUCCAAAAACAACAAUAACAGCAACGGCAACAGCAAAAGCAACAACAGCCAUCGAGAUGCCGUCGCAGCCGCAGUUGGCGUCGCUGCUUGCAGUGCUGCUUCUGCUCUGCUACUGCGACAGCUGCUUUUUUUGUUACGCGGAUGCCAAUCUACAGCAGCAGAACUCCGUCGUGCAGCAGCAGCAGCUCCAAGCCCCGCGAUUCACCACGCAUCCAUCGUCAUCGGGGUCGAUUGUCAGCGAGGGCAGCACCAAGAUACUCCAGUGUCAUGCGCUGGGAUACCCGCAGCCCACAUACCGAUGGCUGAAGGACGGCGUCCCCGUGGGCGACUUCUCAUCCAGCCAGUUCUACCGGUUCCACAGCACCCGGCGUGAGGAUGCGGGCAGCUAUCAGUGCAUCGCCAGGAACGAUGCCGGAUCCAUAUUCAGCGAAAAGAGCGACGUCGUCGUGGCCUACAUGGGCAUCUUUGAGAACACGACCGAAGGUCGUCUGACGGUGGUCAGUGGUCACCCCGCGAUAUUCGACAUGCCGCCCAUUGAAUCCGUGCCCGUGCCGUCGGUGAUGUGGCAGUCGGAGGAUGGCCCGCUGAACUACGACAUCAAGUACGCCUUCACGCAGGCCAACCAGCUGAUUAUCUUGAGUGCGGAUGAGAACGAUCGCAGGGGAUACCGGGCCAAGGCCAUCAACACGCAGCUGGGCAAGGAGGAGAGCAGCGCCUUCGUGCACCUGAACGUCAGCGGGGAUCCGUACAUAGAGGUGGCGCCCGAGAUCAUAGUGCGUCCGCAGGAUGUCAAGGUUAAGCUGGGCACCGGCGUGGUGGAGCUGCAGUGCAUCGCGAACGCCAGACCCCUGCACGAACUGGAGACCCUUUGGCUGAAGGACGGCCUCGCCGUGGAAACGGCCGGAGUGCGGCACACCCUCAACGAUCCGUGGAAUCGCACCUUGGCCCUGUUGCAAGUGAACAGCUCGCACUCCGGCGAGUACAGCUGCCAGGUGCGGUUGCGCAGUGGUGGCUAUCCGGCCGUCAGUGCCUCGGCCCGCCUCCAAAUCCUCGAGCCGCCGCUCUUCUUCACGCCCAUGCGAGCGGAAACCUUUGGCGAAUUCGGCGGACAGGUGCAGCUCGCCUGCGACGUGGUCGGCGAGCCCACGCCCCAGGUCAAGUGGUUCCGGAAUGCGGAGUCGGUGGAUGCGCACAUCGAGAGUGGAAGAUACACGUUGAGCACGGAUAAUACGCUGGUAAUUAAGAAACUAAUCCUGGAUGAUGCUGCCAUGUUUCAGUGUCUGGCCAUCAACGAAGCGGGCGAGAACUCGGCGAGCACCUGGCUGCGCGUAAAAACUUCGGCUCCAAUCAUGGAGCUGCCGCCCCAGAAUGUGACCGCCCUGGAUGGCAAGGACGCCACUAUCUCCUGCCGGGCCGUGGGUUCACCCAAUCCCAACAUAACCUGGAUAUACAACGAGACCCAACUGGUGGACAUAUCCAGCCGGGUGCAGAUACUCGAGUCGGGCGACCUGCUCAUCUCGAACAUCCGAUCCGUGGACGCCGGUCUCUAUAUCUGCGUGCGGGCCAACGAGGCGGGCAGCGUCAAGGGCGAGGCCUACCUGAGUGUUCUGGUGCGGACGCAAAUCAUCCGACCGCCCGUGGACACGACGGUGCUACUCGGCUUAACGGCCACCCUGCAGUGCAAGGUGUCCAGUGAUCCCAGUGUGCCGUACAACAUCGACUGGUAUCGCGAGGGUCAGUCGGCGACGCCCAUCAGUAAUUCGCAGCGCAUCGGUGUCCAGGCGGACGGGCAACUGGAGAUCCAGGCGGUGCGGGCCAGCGACGUGGGCAGCUAUGCCUGCGUGGUCACCUCUCCCGGGGGAAACGAGACGCGGGCCGCCCGCCUCAGCGUCAUCGAGCUGCCAUUCCCGCCCAGCAACGUGAAGGUGGAACGGCUGCCGGAGCCGCAGCAGCGCAGCAUCAACGUGUCCUGGACACCGGGCUUCGAUGGCAACAGUCCAAUAUCCAAAUUUAUUAUCCAGCGACGUGAGGUCUCCGAAUUGGAAAAAUUCGUAGGUCCAGUUCCAGACCCCCUGCUCAACUGGAUCACCGAGCUGAGCAACGUCUCGGCGGACCAGCGUUGGAUCCUGCUCGAGAACCUCAAGGCGGCCACCGUCUACCAGUUCCGGGUCAGUGCUGUGAACCGGGUGGGCGAGGGUUCGCCGUCGGAGCCCAGCAACGUCGUCGAGCUGCCCCAGGAAGCUCCCUCCGGUCCACCGGUGGGCUUCGUUGGAUCCGCCCGCUCCAUGUCGGAGAUCAUCACGCAGUGGCAGCCGCCGCUGGAGGAGCACCGCAACGGCCAGAUCCUGGGCUACAUCCUGCGGUACCGCCUGUUCGGCUACAACAAUGUGCCCUGGUCCUACCAGAACAUCACCAACGAGGCGCAGCGCAACUUCCUCAUCCAGGAGCUGAUCACCUGGAAGGAUUACAUUGUGCAGAUCGCAGCGUACAACAACAUGGGCGUGGGUGUCUACACCGAGGGUUCCAAGAUCAAGACCAAGGAAGGAGUUCCGGAGGCGCCCCCCACCAAUGUGAAGGUGGAAGCCAUCAACUCGACGGCAGCCAGAUGCCGCUGGACCCCGCCCAAUCCGCAGCAGAUCAACGGCAUCAACCAGGGCUACAAGAUUCAGGCGUGGCAGCGUCGGCUGAUCGACGGCGAGUGGCGGGACUUUGAGCGCCGCAUGAAGACGGUGCCGCCCAGUCUGAUUGACCCGCUGGCGGAACAGACAGCCGUCCUCGGAGGCCUGGAGAAGUUCACCGAGUACAAUAUCAGUGUGCUCUGCUUCACGGACCCCGGCGACGGGGUGGCCAGUAUCCAGGUGGCAGUGAUGACCAUGGACGACGUACCGGACGAGGUGACCGGCUUGCACUUCGACGACGUCUCCGAUCGGUCGGUGAAAGUGCUCUGGGCGCCACCGCGCUCCUCGAACGGCAUCCUCACGGGCUACACGGUUCGCUACCAGGUCAAGGAUCGCCCGGACAGCCUGAAGUCCUUCAAUCUGACAGCGGAUGACACGGAGCUGACGGUGAACCAGUUGCAGGCCACCACGCACUACUGGUUCGAGAUCUUCGCGUGGACGCGAGUGGGCAGUGGAACUCCGAAAACGGCCACCAUUCAGUCCGGCGUAGAGCCAGUUCUGCCCCAUGCACCCACUGCUCUGGCACUGUCCAAUAUCGAAGCCUUCUCCGUGGUCCUCCAGUUCACUCCGGGCUUCGAUGGCAACUCCAGCAUUACCAAGUGGAAGGUCGAGGGCCAGACAGCCAGAAACAUGACCUGGUUUACCAUUUGCGAGAUCAAUGAUCCCGAUGCCGAGACCCUGACCGUCACUGGCCUGGUGCCGUUCACCCAAUACAGGCUGCGAUUGAGUGCCAGCAAUGUGGUGGGCAGCUCGAAGCCCUCGGAGGCCACCAAGGACUUCCAGACGAUCCAGGCCCGGCCCAAGCACCCGCCAUUCAACGUCACCGUGCGGGCCAUGAGUGCCCAGCAACUGAGGGUUCGCUGGAUUCCGCUGCAGCAAACCGAGUGGUAUGGCAAUCCCAGGGGCUACAAUAUCUCCUACAAGCAGUUGGUCAAAACUCCCGGCACCAUCAAGUACGUACCCCGGUCGGUGGUGAUCGAGGAUCACACCGCCAACUCCCACGUGCUGGACAGCUUGGAGGAGUGGACGCUGUACGAGGUGAAAAUGAAUGCCUGCAACGACGUGGGAUGCUCGAAGGAAAGCGACACCGCCGUGGAGCGAACUCGCGAAGCUGUCCCCAGCUACGGGCCACUGGAUGUCCAGGCCAAUGCCACAUCGUCCACCACGGUGGUUGUGCAAUGGGGCGAGGUGCCGCGCCAGCAUCGGAAUGGCCAGAUAGAUGGCUACAAGGUGUUCUAUGCCGCCGCAGACCGGGGCCAACAGGUGCUGCACAAGACGAUCCCGAACAACGCCACGUUCACCACCACCUUGACGGAGCUGAAGAAGUACGUGGUCUACCACGUUCAGGUUCUGGCCUACACGCGAUUGGGUAAUGGUGCCCUCAGCACUCCACCCAUUAGGGUUCAGACCUUUGAGGACACCCCUGGAGUGCCGUCGAACGUGAGCUUCCCCGACGUCUCCUUGACCAUGGCGCGCAUCAUUUGGGACGUGCCCGUGGACCCCAAUGGAAAGAUCCUGGCCUACCAGGUCACGUACACCCUGAACGGCAGUGCCAUGCUGAACUACAGUCGGGAGUUUCCGCCCUCCGAUCGCACAUUCCGGGCUACGGAAUUGCUGCCCGGAAAGUACUACAGUUUCAGUUGUACGGCGCAGACGCGACUGGGCUGGGGCAAAAUAGCUACUGCCCUGGUGUACACCACCAACAACCGGGAGAGACCGCAGGCACCGUCGGUUCCGCAGAUAUCCCGCAGCCAGAUUCAGGCCCACCAAAUCACCUUCAGUUGGACACCCGGCAGAGAUGGCUUCGCGCCGCUGCGCUACUACACGGUGGAGAUGCGUGAGAACGAGGGCAGGUGGCAACCACUUCCGGAACGGGUGGAUCCUUCGCUCAGUUCCUUCACAGCCCUGGGCCUGAGGCCCUAUAUGACCUACCAGUUCCGCAUACAGGCCACCAACGAUCUGGGACCGUCCGCCUUCAGCCGGGAGAGUGUGAUCGUGAGAACUUUGCCCGCUGCUCCGGCAGUGGGAGUGGGAGGUCUCAAGGUGGUGCCCAUCACCACCACCUCGGUGAGGGUGCAGUGGAGUGCUCUGGAGACGGCCUUGUGGAACGGCGAUGCCUCAACCGGUGGCUACAGGAUUCUGUACCAGCAGCUCUCCGACUUCCCCACCGCCCUGCAGUCCACGCCCAAAACGGAUGUGCACGGCAUCAACGAGAACAGCGUGGUUCUGUCGGACCUGCAGCAGGAUCGCAACUAUGAAAUCGUGGUGCUCCCAUUCAAUUCCCAGGGUCCUGGGCCUGCCACGCCCCCAGCAGCGGUGUAUGUGGGCGAGGCGGUGCCCACCGGGGAACCGCGAGCCGUGGAUGCAGCGCCCAUUUCCAGCACGGAAGUGCGUUUACUGUGGAAGCCGCCGAAGCAGAGCAUGCAGAAUGGAGAUAUACUGGGCUACAAGAUCUACUACCUGGUCACCUACUCGCCGCAAGCCUUGGAGCCCGGUCGCAAGUGGGAGGAGGAGAUCGAGGUGGUUUCGGCCACGGCAACUUCGCACAGCCUGGUCUUCCUCGACAAGUUCACCGAGUAUCGCAUCCAGCUGCUGGCCUUCAACCCGGCGGGAGAUGGACCACGAUCGGCCCCAAUUACCGUGAAAACACUGCCAGGCGUGCCAAGUGCACCGCUGCACCUGCGAUUUUCGGAUAUCACCAUGCAGAGCCUGGAGGUUAGCUGGGAUCCGCCGAAGUUCCUCAACGGCGAGAUCUUGGGCUACUUGGUCACCUAUGAAACCACCGAGGAGAAUGAAAAGUUCAGCAAGCAAGUGAAGCAAAAGGUAUCCAAUACCACACUUCGUGUUCAGAAUCUGGAGGAGGAGGUCACCUACACAUUCACUGUGCGCGCUCAAACGUCCGUGGACUACGGACCGGGCAUCAGUGAGAAUGUGACCACGGGGCCCCAAGAUGGAUCCCCAGUGGCGCCGCGAGAUCUCAUCCUGACCAAGACGCUGUCCAGCGUGGAAAUGCAUUGGAUAAACGGGCCUUCGGGGCGGGGACCCAUCCUGGGCUAUCUCAUCGAGGCGAAGAAGCGAGAAAAAGGAGAGCCGUCGUUCGUUUACGACUCGCGCUGGACGAAAAUCGAGCAGACCAGAAAGGGCAUGAUGCAGGAUUUUACGGUCAGCUAUCACAUACUGAUGCCCUCCACUGCGUACACAUUCCGGGUGAUUGCCUACAAUCGCUACGGCAUCUCGUUUCCCGUGUACUCCAAGGACUCGAUCCUGACGCCCUCCAAGCUCCACCUCGAGUAUGGUUACCUGCAGCACAAGCCCUUCUACCGGCAAACCUGGUUUAUGGUUUCACUGGCCGCCACUUCGAUUGUGAUCAUCGUGAUGGUUAUUGCGGUGCUGUGCGUCAAGAGCAAGAGCUACAAAUAUAAACAGGAGGCACAAAAGACGCUGGAGGAAUCCAUGGCCAUGUCCAUUGACGAGCGACAAGAGUUGGCCCUGGAGCUGUACCGCUCUCGCCACGGCGUUGGAACCGGCACCCUGAACAGCGUGGGCACUCUGCGUAGCGGCACCUUGGGCACUCUGGGCAGGAAGUCCACCAGUCGCCCGCCGCCGGGCGUCCAUCUCGGCAAGAGUCCGCCACGCCCCUCGCCCGCCUCUGUGGCGUACCACAGCGACGAGGAGAGCUUGAAGUGCUACGACGAGAAUCCGGACGACAGCAGCGUGACCGAGAAGCCCUCGGAGGUGAGCAGUUCGGAGGCAUCGCAGCACUCGGAGAGCGAAAACGAAAGCGUGCGCAGCGACCCCCACUCCUUUGUGAAUCACUAUGCCAACGUGAACGACUCCCUGCGACAGUCGUGGAAGAAGACCAAGCCGGUGCGAAACUACUCCAGCUACACCGACUCGGAGCCGGAGGGCAGUGCAGUGAUGAGCCUCAAUGGUGGCCAGAUUAUCGUCAAUAAUAUGGCCAGGUCGAGGGCACCACUGCCCGGCUUCUCGUCAUUCGUCUGACAAUCAACGGAGUUCUAAGAUCUAAGCACCAGUAGCAACGGCACCGUCAUCCGCGAGACCUUUGUCUAGGCUUGUCUAGGCGAACAGCGAGGAGGGUCCGGAGAAGGAGCACGGAGCACGGAGCUGGGGGAUUGGCUGGCUGGCUGGGGCAACUCGAACCUUCCGGAGGACGACACCCGUGUACCCACAUAUCAGACUGAUCCAGGCCCAUCUGCCCUCAGCCCUCAGCCCCUCCAGCUCCGCGACGAUGCGCUGCUACAGGGAUAUACAUAUUACUUAAUACCAGACAUUCAGUAAGACUAUCUUGUAUGCAUUUAGUUUGAGUUCUUGAAUAUGUGCUUUUUACCUUGGCUCGUGCACUUGCGUCUCAAUGUUUUCCUUUUAACUACAAAUGUUUUCAUGUCAUGCCAAUAACUCCCUAAACUUGUAUCCUUUUAAAACCCGUAUAUAUUUGGCAUUAACUUAAGUAACAUCAUAAUUUGAACAUGCAUAGCCUAGUGUAAAGAGCACAUCGCUUUCAGCGUCAGUUUCCCAGCAUGACUCUGCUCCUAUUUUAUAGUAUUUAUUUUUGGAUGUACAGUGUGAGUGCGAUGCUGUCUGCCACGCCUCCAAAGGUGGCAUUUACGGAAUAGGGCGCGACAAAUCGAAUCCGAAUCCUGUGAUAAAACGAUUUCCUUGUGCCCCAAUAAGUUUUUCAAAUGAUUUCCAAGUGUGUUCAGUGCGUGGCAGGUAGUCUGGUCUUUUAAGUGACUGUGACUGUGAGUGUGAGUGACGUACGCGCCUCGUCUGCGCAAUCUCAUUAUAUAUAAAAUGACAAGAAGUUAUGUUUUAUGUUUAUUUUUUUUUUUGUGUGCGAAUAAAGCUAGAAAAUCUACAAGUAUGACAAGUAUGAAGACAAGGACGAAGCACCGAUGCAAUCGGUGGCUUAAGAAAGUCGAAGAAAACGAGUUGAGAGUUGAGGGAUGAGAGAUGAGACACGCAGAGAAAUCACACGCAGUAAACAGAAAUCGUUGUCUUAUAAGAAGGAUAAGUGUAUUUUUUUGGAAGGGCAUCAGAGAAGGGCUAUAGCUAUCAAAAUGAGAAUGAUAAUGAGAAUGAGAAGGACAUCUGAGGAAGGUGGCUUAGGAUAAAUCGAUAGGCCAUAUUAUUGCAAUUUCCCUACCACAUAAGUCCACAAACGCAAGCAACAGUAACACAAAGCAAGCAAGCAAACAAACAAACAAACAAACAAACGAGCAAAUAUGCAAGCAUUCAGAGCUGCAUAGCACACAAACACAACAAUCGAGGAAACGAUUCGUUCAGAGCGCAUGCGCAGCAGACCUAGCAUUAAGUACGAUCUUUUAGAGGUAAGAUGCAUUUUUUUUGUUAGUUGGGGCCGCGUCUCCACGGGGAGCCGACGCCCCGAUACUCUAGCUCGUAACUUUUCGAUUGUUUAAUUCCCGACGCUUAGAUGUAAUCGUACUCGUACUCGUAUUUGUAUUUGAAUGCGGUUUAUAUUUAUGACUAUAUUUAUAUAUCGAUGUAUACAUGUAUAUCUGAAAACUUAAACGACUGAUUAUAUAUUUUCCCCCGAUUAGUUGUACACUUAACUCCUAAACCCUUUUUUGUAAUACCUACGCAUUAACUACGCUAAGACCACUUUGGCGCUUUGGCCGUUGAAAACGAAUGAAAACGAAUGGAAACGAGUUUUCCCCAAAUCGCAAGCUAAUUUCAACUUCAAAGACUCGAAGCACAAGUUCAUCUAGUUAAGUAAAUGUAUUUGUAAUUGUUGAAUUGAUGAUUAAAGGAUAGUUCUCCACUAA